AUGCCACCCCAAAACCAACCACCGUCACAACCGAAAGUGCGCAUCCUUAAUCCAUACGAGGCCAAAAGACUCUCUCGUAAAUCCACCACACCAGAAACACCACAGUACACCUCAUUACUCAAGCGCGAUGCCCCUGGCCCAAGCCUCACGCGCAAACGCUUCCUCCCAACGUUCAUCUCCAACAUCCGCGAGCGCUACGCCUCCCUCCCAUCACCGGUCCGUCGAACAUGUCGCGCACUCCGCAUAUUCGGAACGCUCGUCCCGAUCGGGCUCUUCUUCUCUUCACACGUGGCGCAGGUGAUGUGGGUGCGCGGGCCGUCGAUGACGCCGUACUUGAAUGAAGACUACGACCAGAUGCAGACGAAGAGCGACAUGGUGCUGGUCAGUAUGUGGCCGUUUGGCGCAAGCUGGCCGUGGCAAAGACAGCGACAGAGGCGUCUUGAGCGGGGGAUGGUCGUGACAUUCCGAUCGCCGGCCAAUUCUUCGCAUAUCGCUAUUAAGCGCGUUGUCGGACUCCCCGGGGACCGAGUUUCGACUCGUGAGCCGUGCAUGAAAGCUACUCAGAUUGUUCCCUUUAACCAUGUCUGGUUGGAGGGUGAUGCGGAGGACCCGCGGAGGACGCUUGAUAGUAAUACCUACGGGCCGGUUAGUAUCAGCUUGAUUACUGGCCGGGUGCUCGGUGUGCUGGCUCCGCGCAUGCGCUGGUUGAAUUGGCAGGAUUGGGAGACAGGCAAGGCGGACGAUGCUAGGCCGAGUACUCGGCCCGGGGAUAUUUACCGACAGAGUGUGCGAGACCGGGUUGUGAAGGAGGCAGUGAGAUUGGAACAGCCUACCUUUGACUAA